AGUUGUGUCGCUAGAGGUUCGUGAAAUUCAUGGUCUACGUAUGUAUGCCGCGCGACCGAUUACCUACUCUGCUGAAAUGACUUUGGACGAACAACUCUUGUCCUUCAGAGGGCGUUGUUCUUUUCGGCAGUAUAUUCCAAAUAAACCUGCUAAGUAUGGACUGAAAGUUUUUGCACUUGUAGAUGUUCAUUACCCAUACACCUAUAACUUAGAAAUUUACGCCGGCCAACAACCCGAAGGUCCAUUUCGGUUAAGCGACGAGAGAUUUGAUAUCGUGGUGAGAAUGGUGCAACCAAUUUUGAAUAGACAUAUCAUAUUACUAUGGACAAUUGGUUUUCCUCUCUGAAAAUAGCAAAGCAAUGAUUUGAUAAUGGAAUUACAAUGGUUGCUACCGUUCGAAAAGAUAAAAGAGAAGUUCCCCGGGAAUUUAGAAUUGCCUCUAACAAUAUGCUCCUCAAAAUCACUCACUCUCCAUAUACUCUGGUUUCUUAUGUACCAAAAGCCAACAAAGUAGUAAUAGCCAUGUCUACAAUGCACAACGAUACAGCGAUUGAUUCUGACACCGGAGAUCAACGAAAGCCGGAAAUAAUAACAUACUAUAAUCGCACUAAAAAUGGCGUUGAUCUGGUUGACAAGAUGUGUUCUCUUUAUGACGUAUCUAGGAAUUCGAGAAGGUGGCCGCUGACUAAGUUCUAUAAUCUUGUAAACCUCAAUGCUCUCAACGCAUUAUGCAUUUACACUGCAAACCGUAACUAUGAAUCUGUCAAAAGGCG